AUGGCGACGGCGCCCGUGACGUUGACGCGGACGACGACGGCGAAUUCGCGAGCUCGACCGCGGGCGGGCGUUCGCGCGCGACGCGGGCGCGCGGCGUGGGCGCGGGCGCGCGGGGACGAUGAUGACGACGAUGAUGAUGAUGAUGGCGACGCCGACGCGUCGACGCGCGCGAACGAGGGCGCGCGCGCGGGUGGAUCGGGACGAGGGAUGGCAUACGUGGACGACGGCGGCGUCGCGCCGACGCUGGCGGAGUACGAGCGCGCGCUCGCGACGGCGGUGCGAGAAGAGCGAUACGAAGACGCGGCGACGAUUCGAGACGUCAUGCGGUCCAUCUCGGACGACGCACUGCGAGCGGUGACGGAGGCGAAUGAACGGUUUUAUCGAGCGUUUCGAUUGGCGAACAGAGACGCGAUGGACGCGGUCUGGACGGAUGGGUCGCACGCGCAGUGCGCGCACCCGGGACAAUCCGUCGCGUGCGGGAAGCGAGACGUCAUGGCGAGCUGGGAUAUCAUCUUCGCCGGCGUUCCCGAGUCUCAGGGCAUCGACGUCACGUGCGUGGACGUCAGGGCGCACGCCGGCGAGGGCUGGGGCGUGGUGACGUGCGUGGAAAAAAUAGGCGUCGGCGCCAGACUCACCGCCGUGAACGUCUUCGAGCGCUCCGAAGACGGCGUCUGGCGCGUCGUCGUGCACCAGGCGCACGCCGUUCGCGCCAUCGGCUGA